AUGGCAGAGCCUGCGCCGCAGCACCUGUCGCUGCCCUCGGGGCUGCUGGAGCUGUGCGCGCUGCUGGGCGCCUCCCGGGACAGCCUGCGCGGCCUGGAGCAGGUUGUCCAGAAAAAGGGAGUCAACGAUCUUUCUUCUUUGGAUCCAGAGGUUCUGUCUGUUUUUGUGCCUCCUUUUGUCAGCACAGAGGACAGUCAGGUGGCCAGUGCGAGCUGCACCACUCUGGGCAAAGCCAGGAAGCGCUCCUUCCGGAAGAAGAGAGAGAGGCCCAAACCGGAACCCGGGAAGGGUCUCUCGGGGGAGCCCAGAGUGCCGGACUCUGAGGACAUCAGCAUCUCGGGUGGCGUGGACCUCCUCGCCCUGCCCCAGCUGUGCUUCCCAGGGGGCGUGUGCGUGGCCUCGGAACCAAAGGAGGAUCAGGUCCACUUCCUGGUGCUGACGGACAUCUGUGGGAACAGAACCUACGGCGUGGUUGCCCAGUUCUACCGACCCCUGCACGACGAGUACUGUUUCUACAAUGGAAAAACACACUGGGAGCCGUCCUGGUCGACUGUGAGCGCUGCCGGCUGCUGCUUCGUGCCCUUUGCGGUGUGCGUGGUCUCCAGACUCCCCUAUUACAACUCGCUCAAGGACUGCCUCUCCUGUUUAUUGACUCAUCUGAAGCUCUGUAAAGAUUUUGAAGUUGACAAUCCCAUAAAAGAUUUUGCUGCAAAACUAUCUUUAAUACCCACUCCGCCACCUGGACCACUUCAUUUGAUCUUUAACAUGAAGCCGCUACAGGUCGUGUUUCCCUCUCGAGCGGACCCCGAGAGCCCCGUCAUCGACCUGGACCUGCACCUGCCCCUGCUGUGCUUCCGCCCCGAGAAGGUGCUGCAGAUCCUGACGUGCAUUUUAACGGAACAGCGGAUCGUGUUCUUCUCCUCGGACUGGGCUCUGCUGACGCUGGUGGCCGAGUGCUUCAUGGUCUACCUGCACCCCCUGCAGUGGCAGCACACCUUCGUGCCUCUGCUGUCCGACCAGAUGCUGGACUUCAUCAUGGCGCCCACGUCCUUCCUCAUGGGCUGCCAUCUAGAUCACUUGGAAGAAGUCAGCAAGGAAGGUGACGGUUUAGUCCUGAUAAACAUCGAUAACGGGAGCAUCAGCUACUCUAAGUCCUCGGACAGCGACAUGAACGUCCCUGACCUCCCUCUCCUGGCAGCACAGACGUUUAUUCAGAGGGUCCAGGGCCUCCAGCUGCACCACGAGCUGCACCUUGCUCACCGCAGCUCCAGCACAGACCUGAACGAGGGCCGAGCGCACAGGCGGGCCUGGCAGCAGAAGCUCAACUGCCAGAUCCAGCAGGUCACCCUGCAGCUGCUCGUCAGCAUCUUCAGGGAAGUGAAGAAUCAUUUAAAUUAUGAACAUAGAGUAUUUAAUAGUGAAGAAUUUCUUAAAACAAGAGCUCCAGGGGAUCAGUGGUUUUAUAAACAGGUUCUAGACACCUACAUGUUUCACUCUUUCCUCAAAGCCCGGCUCAACAGGAUGAUGGACGCCUUUACCCGGAUGGACCUCAACACCCAGUCUGAGGAGGACAGAAUAAAUGGGACGCUUAUAAGUCCACGAAGGCCGACAAUUGAGAAAAUGGCCUCGAGGAAGCCUUCGCCCCUGCACGUCGCGCGCAGGCGCAUGGUGGUCAGCAUGCCCAACCUGCAGGACAUAGCCACGCCCGAGCUGGUGCCCAAGAACUCGUCGCUGCGGCUGGUGGACACUGCGGGCUGUAGGGGCAGCAGCACAGUUCUGAAUGUGGCCCCUAAAUCCACGUACACAUUCAAGAUUCCAGAAAUCCACUUUCCCCUGGUGAGCCAGUGUGUCCAGGCGUAUUACUCGGACUUUGUCACCCUGCUGAGUAAGGCCAUAAACUUUCUGGCCCCAGAGAACUCUCUGCUCCUGGCCCGGUAUUUCUACCUGCGAGGACUUGUGCAUCUGAUGCAAGGACAGCUGCUGAACGCCCUCUUGGACUUCCAGAAUCUGUACAAAACAGACAUACAGAUUUUUCCUGCUGAUCUGGUUCGGAGGACGGUGGCGUCCCUGUCUGCGCCCGAGCGUGCCCAGGCUGAGCGGACGCCCGAGCUGAAGAGGCUCCUUAGCCAGGUGCUGGACCAGCCGGGCGAGGCCCCGAAGGCCGACGACCACGUGAAGAACUUCGAGCUGCCCAGGAAGCACAUGCAGCUGGAGGACUUCGUGAAGCGGAUCCAGGAAUCGGGGAUCGUGAAGGACGCCAACAUCAUCCACCGGCUGUUUGAGGCGCUGACUGUAGGGCAGCAGAAACAAAUCGACCCAGAAACAUUCAAAGAUUUCUACAACUGCUGGAAGGAGACGGAAGCAGAAGCCCAGGAGGUCAGUGUGCCUUGGCCGGUGAUGGAACAUCUGGAUAAAAACGAGUGUGUUUAUAAGCUGUCGAGCUCCGUCAAGACAAGUCUAGGUGUUGGCAAGAUCGCCAUGACCCAGAAGCGCCUGUUCCUCCUGACUGAAGGGAGACCAGGCUACGUGGAGAUUUCUACCUUCAGAAAUAUAGAGGAGGUCAAAUGUACCACAGUCGCGUUUCUACUUCGGAGAAUACCCACUUUGAAAAUUAAAAUGGUGUCCAAGAAAGAAGUCUUUGAAGCUAACCUUAAAGCAGAGUGCGACCUUUGGCACCUGAUGGUGAAGGAGAUGUGGGCCGGGAAGAAGCUGGCCGAUGACUACAAGGACCCUCAGUACGUCCAGCAGGCGCUGACCAACGUCUUGCUGAUGGACGCUGUCGUUGGCACGCUGCAUUUUCAAGGCGCCAUCUACGCCGCCUCCAAGUUAUCCUACUUCAACAAGAUGAAGAACGAACUGCCCAUGGCGGUGCCAAAGACGACCUCGGAAACACUGAAGCACAAAAUCGACCCUUCAGCCGGAGAGACGGCCCCGCGGGCCAUCGACAUCCUGUUGUACACGCCAGGGCACCUGGACCCAGCAGAGAAAGUUGAGGACGCUCACCCCAAACUCUGGUGCGCUCUGGACAACGGCAGAGUGACCGUGUACGACGCCGCCUCCUGGACGGUCCACCAGCACUGCUUCAAAGUGGGCACGUCCAAGCUGAACUGCAUGGCGAUGGUGGAGCAGAACCAGGUGUGGAUUGGCUCGGAAGACUCCGUCAUCUACAUCAUCAACGUCCACAGCAUGUCCUGCAACAAGCAGCUCACGGAUCACCGCUCCAGUGUCACGGACUUGAUUGUGCAGGACGGAAACAAGGCGCCCAGGGAGGUUUUCUCGUGCAGUGUGGACGGGACAAUCCUGGCUUGGAAUGUGAGCACGCUGCGGGUGACCAGCCAGUUCCAGCUGCCGGGCGGCGGCCUCUCGUCCAUCAGGCUGCACGGCGGCCGCCUGUGGUGCUGUACCAGCAGCAGCAUUGUGGCUGUAACCACGAAUGGCUUUCUUCGUCAAGAGUUGAAGAUCAAAGAGAACUUUGGAGAGACGAGCACGUCCUUCCUCACCUUCCAGCUCCUGCCCGAGCAGGAGCAGCUGUGGGCGGCCUGUGCGGGCUACAGCGAGGUCUUCAUCUGGAGCCUGAAGGACCUGUCCCAGCCCCUCGCGAGGGUGCCCCUGCAGGACUGCUCCGAGAUCAGCUGCAUGAUCAGGGUGAAGCAGCAGAUCUGGGCGGGCAGCAGAGGGCUGUCCCAGGGGCAGCCCAAAGGGAAGAUCUACGUGAUCGACACCAAGACGAGGAGUGUGGAGAAGGAGCUGGUGGCCCACGCGGACGCCGUGAGGACCCUGUGCUCGGCCGAGGACAGAUACGUGCUGAGUGGAUCGGGCAGGGAUGAGGGCAAGAUCGCCAUUUGGAAGGUCGAGUAAAUGUGGGUGACUGCUCUGUGAGCGAGGACCA